GGAGUAUAAACGAGCGCCACAAGUUGAUCGGCAUUUCACAAGUAUCACGGUCGUUGGAGCAACAGCCACUGUUCACUUAUAUACCUCCUACGACUCUGCAGCGGACUUCGCAUUCGGUCAGCACAUCAUCGGAAACAUGAUGGUGGGAGCUUCGGUGGCGUGUGGUUUGUUGGUUGUGAUACUUGUGUGCACCAUUCCAGCAUCUUUAUCUGCACCUUAUCCAUUGCUACAAGGGCAAAAUAACGCAUAUUUGUCAUCAGAAAACGACGGAGACCCUGAAGUUAUGUUGGAAUUAUUGGCUCGAAUAGGCCAAAAUAUCAUGAGAGUUAAUGAAUUGGAAAAUUCUAAGCGUGGGCUCGAUUUGGGCUUAAGCCGAGGCUACUCAGGCACACAAGCGGCAAAACAUUUAAUGGGCAUGGCAGCAGCUAAUUUUGCUGGUGGUCCAGGUCGCCGACGUCGCAGUGAUAUGCUUCCUAAGCUUCUUACACCUUAAACUUUUAGUUUGUUAAAAAUUAUAAUUACAAACUACUACAUUAAAAUAAAUACUAAAUAUCAUAUAAAUAUAU